GGUGACGAGGGCCACGUGGUGGUGCGGGACGUGGGCAACGUGACCGAGGACAGCGACAUCACCUUCUCCUUCCGCGCCGCCGAAUUCUUCGACCUCCCCGAUGGCCAGCAGCUCCCCUUCCAGGCCCAGAUUACGUACACGAACGGCGAGGGCGUCAAGUGCCUGCGGGUCGUUUGCACCUCGCGGCCCGUGACCCACAGCCGCGAGGGGGCCGAGACCGCCAUCAACUCGGCCAUCGUCGGCCUCGCCGCCGUCCACCGCAGUGCUGCCCUCGCUCAGAAGGGUGACUAUUUGGAGGCGCGGGUGAACCUGAUCUCGAGCAUGCGGCUGCUGCAGCGGGGCAUGCUGACGAGCAAGCAGCAGCGGGAGUACAUCAACUUCAUCCGGCAGUCGGAGCGGCUGGACGGCUUCAUGCGCGAGGCCCAGCAGCAGGAGGAGAUGCUGGCCAUGCAGCAGAGCCGCGUCACCGUCGAGGAGCGCAAGAUGGCCCGCGACGACUCGGCCGCCAAGAACAUCGUCCAGAUGAAGCUCGUCAGCAGCGCCGCCUUUGUCGCCGCCUGA